GUUUCGUCGAGCAAAAACCCUAGUAUCCAUUCUAGUUCGCUUCUCAUUCUUCACUGUGGCGCUGAGACGAUAUCUGCUUCAGCCCAAGCCUUUUUCGUCAUAUGUUGUCUUCCCAUUCAAUUUAAGCAAAUCAAGCCCUAUAGUGCAGCCUAAUGGUCAAUGAAGUGAGUGGAGAACCAUGAGGUCUCAGGUUCAAAUCCCAGUGGAGGCAAAAACACUAUCUUAUUUCUUCCUAUCUGUCUAAAACAUGGUGGACAGAGUUCCCUGUAACUUUGCUGGUUGGAGAUAGCAUGUACACGGUGGAAUUAGUUGAGAUUCUGUGGGGUUGCUGGUGAUAGAGAAGUUAUGGCAGAAGAAGGUGACCGAAGUUUUGCCCGAAGGAACAGAUUGCGGGAAAUAGAAACACAGGUCCAUAAGUGGUGGGCAGAAGAUGAUGUUUUCAGAGCUGAUCCUAAAGAUUCACCUCCUAGAGUGGGUGAAAAGUUCUAUGGGAAUUUCCCUUUUCCUUACAUGAAUGGAUAUCUACAUUUGGGCCAUGCAUUUUCAUUGUCAAAACUUGAGUUUGCUGCAGCAUAUCACAGAUUGAGAGGCGCUACUGUUUUAUUACCUUUUGCCUUUCACUGCACUGGGAUGCCAAUAAAGGCAUCUUCAGAUAAGCUUUCAAGGGAAAUUGCGAAGUUUGGGAACCCUCCUGUGUUUCCUGUAGUGAAGGAAGAGGAGAGUAUUGAAACAGAUGUGAAGGUUGAGACUGAAGGAAACCAGCCCGCACCAGGUGGAAAAUUCAAAGGGAAAAAAUCGAAGGCUGUAGCAAAGGCUGGCGGUGAUAAGUACCAGUGGCAGAUAAUGCAGAGCUAUGGUCUAUCUGACGAGGAGAUUGCUAGGUUUAAGGAUCCAUAUUACUGGCUAACCUACUUUCCACCACUGGCUGUGGAGGAUCUAAAGGAGUUUGGAUUGGGCUGCGAUUGGCGGAGAACUUUUAUUACAACUGAUAUGAAUCCAUACUUUGAUUCAUUUGUGCGGUGGCAAAUGAGGAAACUGAAAACCUUGGGAAAGAUUGUUAAAGAUCUUAGGUACACCGUAUAUUCACCCCUAGAUGGUCAGCCAUGUGCUGAUCAUGACCGUGCUUCUGGUGAAGGAGUUAUUCCACAGGAGUAUACUCUUAUCAAGAUGGAAGUUGUCCCACCUUUUCCACCAAAGAUGAGUGUUCUGGAGGGAAAAAAGGUGUACCUUGCGGCAGCUACAUUGAGACCAGAGACCAUGUAUGGGCAAACAAAUGCUUGGGUAUUGCCAGACGGAAAAUAUGGGGCUUUUGAGAUUAAUGAUACUGAGGUUUUUGUGGUGACUCAUAGGGCAGCACUUAAUCUAGCCUAUCAAAGGUUGUCUCGUAUCCCUGAGAAGCCGACUUGUUUGGUUGAAUUGUCUGGUCACGAUCUUAUAGGUUUGCCCUUGAGGUCUCCCUUGGCAUUUAAUGAGAUAAUAUACACUCUGCCCAUGUUAUCUGUUCUUACUGACAAGGGUACUGGAGUUGUAACUAGUGUUCCCAGUGAUUCCCCAGAUGAUUAUAUGGCCCUCCAUGAUUUGAAGUCAAAGCCAGCUUUCAGGGCCAAAUUUGGUCUGAAGGAUGAGUGGGUCUUGCCGUUUGAGAUAGUUCCGAUUAUCAACCAUCCAGAUUUUGGAGACAAGUCGGCUGAGAGAAUAUGCAUUGAGAAAAAGAUUAAGAGCCAGAAUGAGAGAGAUAAGCUUGAUGAGGCCAAAAAAACAAUAUACAAGGGCGGGUUUUAUGAGGGAACCAUGAUUGUUGGAGAAUUUGCUGGCAUGAGAGUCCAAGAAGCGAAAGGUCUGAUCAGGAGCAAGCUCUUGGAGAUGAAUCAAGCUGUAGUAUAUAGUGAACCUGAGAAGAAGGUCAUGUCGAGAUCCGGGGAUGAGUGUGUUGUGGCUUUGACUGAUCAGUGGUAUCUCACUUAUGGAGAAUCGGAAUGGAGGAAGGCUGCAGAGGACUGUUUAGCCAGUAUGAAUCUCUACUCUGAUGAGACACGGCAUGGCUUUGAGCACACUCUCAGCUGGCUUAAUCAGUGGGCAUGUUCUCGCAAUUUUGGCCUUGGAACUCGUAUUCCCUGGGAUGAGGAUUUCCUAGUUGAGUCCUUAUCCGAUUCCACUAUUUACAUGGCAUAUUACACUGUGGCACAUCUCUUGCAGAAAGGGGACAUGUAUGGUACUGAUCAUUCUUCAGUGAAACCAGAGCAGCUGACAGAUGAGGUCUGGGAAUUCUUGUUCUGUAAUGGGCCUUAUCCUGAAAAUUCUUCUAUAUCUUCUUCACUUCUCAAGGAGAUGAAGCAGGAAUUUGACUACUGGUAUCCGUUCGAUCUCAGAGUUUCUGGCAAGGAUCUUAUUCAGAAUCAUCUUACCUUUUGCAUCUAUAACCACACUGCCAUUUUCCCUAAGCACCAUUGGCCACGUGGUUUCCGAUGCAAUGGGCAUAUAAUGCUCAACUCCGAGAAGAUGUCCAAGUCUACUGGAAAUUUCCGGACACUGCGGCAAGCAAUUGAAGAAUUUUCAGCUGAUGCCACACGAUUUGCUCUUGCAGAUGCAGGUGAUGGGAUGGAUGAUGCUAACUUUGUCUUUGAAACAGCUAAUGCCGCCAUCUUACGUCUUACAAAAGAAAUAGCAUGGAUGGAGGAGGUUCUUGCUGCAGAGUCAUCUUUAAGAAGUGGGCCACCAUCCACAUAUGCAGACUGCGUAUUUGCUAAUGAAAUAAAUUUUGCAGUCAGGACAACAGAGAAAAACUAUAGUGAAUAUAUGUUCCGGGAAGCUCUGAAAACUGGAUUUUAUGAUCUUCAGGCUGCUAGAGAUGAGUACAGGCUUUCGUGUGGUUCAGGAGGCAUGAACCGGAAUUUGCUAUGGCGAUUUAUGGAUGUUCAAACACGACUUAUUGCUCCGAUAUGCCCACACUAUGCUGAAUAUGCUUGGAGAGAGCUUUUGAAGAAGGAUAGCUGUGGCAUAAAAGCUGGGUGGCCAGAGGCUGAAUUGCCAGAUCUUACCCUUAAGAAGGCUAACAAGUAUUUGCAAGACACUAUUGUCUCAAUGAGGAAGCUCCUGCAGAAGCAGGUUUCUGGUUCAAAGAAAGGAAAUGUAAAUGUGAGUAGCCAAAACAAACCUACUAUGGGCCUUAUAUAUGUGGAUGAGCAGUACCGUGGAUGGAAAAGGGAAUGUCUGGAGAUUCUGCAGAGGAAAUUUGACGCUUCAACCGGCACCUUUGCACCUGACAAAGAAAUACUCUCUGAAUUGCUGAAGAGUGAUUUUGGGCAACAAGGCAAUUUCAAGCAAAUACAGAAACUCUGUAUGCCCUUCUUGAGGUUCAAGAAAGAUGAAGUUGUGGUGGUUGGGGUUCAAGCGUUGGAUGUGAGGCUUCCUUUUGGCGAGAUUGAAGUCCUUGAGAAGAACUCAGACUUGAUCAAGAGACAACUUGGUCUUGAGAGAUUGGAUAUAUUAUCUAUGACGGAUGAUGCUCUGGAGAGAGCUGGGCCUCAUGCUGCUGUGGUGAGGCAGAAUCCUCCAUCACCAGGGGAUCCAACUGCAAUCUUUCUCUAAGUACAAGAAUUUUGCAGCACAAGUGAUGAUUUGAAACCUAAAUGAUGUUAUAAUUUUCUCUUUCUAGGUCUUUUUGUCCCAGAAUUCUGCAUACAUCCAAUUAUUUUCUGCUGAAUUUUCAGUCAAAACUAGCGUUUUAUUUGCCGCAAUCAUGAAUAUAGAGCUACUGCAACUUUAUUUCAACAUUAGAACUCAUUAACAAUUUGACAUUUUAUAUGAACCGAAGACAUUUUCCUAGCUGUAUUUGCUUAUAAAAUUUUUCUGCUUAUCGCUCAA